AUGCAGCAGCAUAUUCACUGUCAUGUGGAUUAUGAAACCGAAAUAGAUGUUUUCCACACACCCAACGAGUCGAAGCUGAGGCAAAAUGCUCCCCAUGAAAACCCAAAGAAGGAGCGUGAUUUCGCCUCGCGCGAGCUGGCACCCCAGCAUCAGCUGAGCGGCCAAUCAGCUGGGAAGUGUCAAACAAAGGACUCCGCUCAGUCUCAGCUGAGCGCCGGUGUCGUUAGGGUGUCAAGAUGGGACAUCUUGUCGAGCAAGUCGAGCUGCUCUCCAAGUACAGCUAUUCUUGAUCAACAAAAUAAUCCAAUACCCAGUUCACUAAUGUAUGAUCAGACUUCUCCUCUCCCUGCAAAAGCAUUAUGGAAUUAUGUUCAGUGGCUCUUAGGUAUUCACCAUGAUGAUUGUGACUACAAUGCACUGAAUAAACACUUGGAUCCACAACUGAAGGCAUUCAUAAAAACAGCAUGUUGCUUCCCUGAAACCCUAAGUGAUUCCAAUACAAUGACUACAAAUGGUGUUCAAGCUAGAGUGGUUGAAGCAAGUGUGAUAGUAAUGGAGGCUCGCCUGCAGUCAGAACUGCUUUAUGCUCUGAGGGCCAUAAUGCUUCAUCAGUGUUAAGUUGUCGAUACAUACAUAAUAUUAUCCUAAAUCACUCUAGCAUGAUAUUAUAAUCUAUCAAGAGUACUGAUAUAAAUGUCAUUUGCUAUGAAUAGAUAUAUACUACUGUUUAAAACUGCCUCUUAUGUAUGUGUUCAGAAUAAUCUAAUGGCAGAUGAGUUAUAUUUAUGUGAAGUGUGGAUAUAUA